AAGUUUUUGACUGCUUCGUAGUCAACCCCUUUGUUCGAAGAAGUGAGACACUCCGCUGUUGUAGUCACUUUCGGACUGUAUGCUUGUUGUAGUCGUGUUUGGACAGUGGACCCAGACAGAAGCGGGCAGAAGGUUUUGACAGCUGUGUGGGACUAAACAGUUCGCAGGGUGCCAGAAUGACUUCGCCUGUCCGUGUGAUCGUGGUGGGAGCUGGAUGUCGAGGGGAGAUCUACUCCCACUUUGCAUCCAUCCACCCUGAACGUAUGAAGGUUGUUGGAGUAGCUGAUCCAAGGAAAUUUGCUCGCACUAAACUUCAACAGCAACACAAAAUUUUAGAUGAAAACAUAGUUGAAGACUGGCACAGUCUUAUUGAAAGACAGAAGUUUGCAGAUGCAGUCUUUAUUUGUACUCCUGACCGCCUUCACAAGGAACCUGCAGUUGCCUUUGCAAAGAAGGGCUACCAUGUCCUCCUGGAGAAACCAAUGGCAACAACAGUCGAAGACUGCACAGCAAUUGUAGAGGCUUGCACUCAGAGUGGUGUGAUGCUAUCAGUGGGUCAUGUUCUCCGCUAUGAUCCAGUCAUCCACAAGAUAAAGGAGUUGAUAGAUGCUGGAGUCGUAGGUGAUGUGAUCCACAUUCAGCACCUUGAGCCAGUUGGCUAUUACCACUUUGCUCACUCAUUUGUUCGGGGGAACUGGAGGAAUGAAGCAGAGAGCUCUUUUGCUCUUUUGGCUAAGUCGUGUCAUGACAUUGACUUAAUUCAUCACUGGGCUGGAGCACGCAGGUGUGUGAAAGUAUCAUCGUUUGGAUCUGUCAGCCACUUCAGAAAAGAAAACAAACCAGCAGGUGCUGCAGAUCGCUGCUUGGAUUGCUCCAUAGAAAAAAACUGUCCAUACUCAGCAUGCAAAAUCUACCUGGAUCGAGUGAAACAGGGUCACACUGGCUGGCCUGUAUCAGUCAUAUGCCCGAGUUCGUUACCAGACAUCGAGUCAGUAACUGAGGCAUUGAGGACUGGAGCAUAUGGCCGCUGUGUCUACGAGUGUGACAAUGACGUGUGCAGUAACCAGGUUGUUAACAUGGAGUUUGAAGGGGGUGUGACAGCAGCCUUUACCAUGGUGGCGUUCACUGAGGAGAUCUGCAAGCGGAAAACAGCCAUCUAUGGUAGCAAGGGGGAGUUGUCAUGUGAUGGCCACGAGAUCCACGUGUUUGAUUUUCUGACGCAGAGAUCGACAAAGCACACUGCACACAUUAAUGCCCCCAGGCACUUUGGCUUGAGUGGACAUGGUGGAGCAGACUACCACCUUAUGGAUGCCUUUAUUUCUGCUGUGGCGAACAAUGAUCCAUCCCUGAUCCGCUCUGGUCCUGAGGAGACGCUGCUGAGCCAUUUGCUUGUGUUUGAAGCUGAACGUUCACGACUGGAGAGCAGGGUGGUGUACUGUGGUAACACCAGACAGAACUAGAUGACUGAAAUGACAUGAAAAUUAUCUCAUAAAACAUUAUGAUGGUACGUGGACAGCAUAACUAGACAGAUAAAUGACCAAAUCGUGGAGUGUAAUCAGACUGAUUGUUUAGUUCAUUUUGUUAAGGAAUUUUCAGAUCAUUUUAAGAUUAUUUGUUCAGCAUAAUGUCAUAUUGUUAUAAUUUUUUGUAUGUAUGUAAUGCUCAUGUAAAUCAUUUUCCGAACUGCUUCUAAAAAGUUUUAAUCUGUGCAAUUUAAAUUGUCUUUGAACCAUUAUCUGCUUUAAAUGCCUACUCAAAUGUCAUCCAACAAACAAGAUGACUAUCAGUGUGCACUUUCAUUCUUACAUACCUAUGUAUCUCAGGCUAUAUUACAGUUUUAAUGCCAGCUGAUCAGUCAGUCUGAAUAGCUUCUCAAAAUGCUCAGGGAUUAAAUGCAAAUACGUUAACUGAAAUAAAUCUGUUGAAUUCAUAGGUACAACAGACUGUAAACAAAUGCACAAAAAUGUUAAAUUUCCUCAAACAGACUUAUAUCUCACUGAAUAAAGAUACAUUGACAUACAGCAUAUUACGCCUUCUCUAAACAUUGAAUUAAGGAACAAGAGCACAAACCUGUUUCCAGUGACUUACUAUGCAGUAACCCUAAGGAGCGGCCCCAGUUGUAAACAUCACGUCAAUCAGUCCUCUUCUUCUGAAUCUGAGGGAUAAAUAACAGAAAACCUUUUUGUCAUGUCUACCUGAUAUUAGCUAUUGGAUGAUAGCUUUAACAUACUGUGCAGGACAGAAGAUUCAUAACUUCUUUACUGCAUGGUAUGGUCUAGACCUUUUGGUGUCAUGAGGCCAAUUAAUCAGCUAGCAGCUUUUUCCUGUUACAAACUGUAUAUCUACCUCAGUGGACAUUUGUCUGUGUUUUUUAAUUGUUCAAUCUGCAUGCUGUUGCUUUCAGGUGUACAUGGUGGAAUAAGAACAGAGAAAAGGUGGUAAGAAAUGCUAACGCAAUAUUUCUUUUGCCUCCAUUCAAAAGACUAGUGCUAUGCAUGGGUGCCCUAUGCUGUCUUUGAGCUCUAGGAGCUUUUCCAUGAACUCAACACGUUGUUGGUAAAUUGCCAGUCGUUUCUUGGUAGCCUCUUGUUUAAUGGAAACUUUCAUCCGAAGAGCCUGGCGCUGCUCCUGCUGCUCCUCUCCCGGCAAAGCUUUCAGCCCAAGCCGUAAUGGAAGACAGUGUACAAUCGCAGUGACAAUUUGUUUCUUUACUUAUAUCUCUCUGUGUCUCUCCAGCAUGCACGCACGCACGCACGCACACACGCACGCACGCACGCACACACACACACACACACACAGAAAACACCAACCUGAGAGAUCUCCCUGCAAAGGGCCUCGGCUUCAUUGUGCUGACACUUAAUAAAGUUCAUUAAAUUGUAGUUUUGCUCCUCUGCUGCUGGAAAUAUAUAAGUCAUAUUUUCAUUGCUGAUAAAAUACACACAUUUCAUUGUCUCCGUAAUGUUUGAUGGGGACCUACUUUGUAUGAAGUUUCUGAUCACUUUGUCCAGGUCCCUUUCCCCAGUCUGAUUGUUGUUUGAUUGUACCCUCAAAAUCUUCCUGCUGCAUUUCCUUGGAUGGUGGCUGCUUGCACUUCUCUAGUAUAGAUAAAAAUGUGAAACUGAAGUGAAACUACACUAAAAGAUCCUUACUUUGUCUGAGUUGCUGUAUAUUAGAGAUGAUGUACAGCAAACUUUUUUUAUUAGUGUUGGAUUACCGAAUAUUAAUUGACCGAUUAAAAAAUUCAUAAACGUGCCAAAAAAUCAGUAGCACUGAAUGUACAUACACACAUAUAGUUGGACUAUAGUAGCAGUCUCAAUUACUGUAGUAAUAUUGUAAUAUGAAAUACAACAAAUAAGCAACUCGACAUUUGUCAGUGAAAUAGUAACAUCUUUUGGACACAAGGGGUCACUAGUUCAUUAGAGGACAAAACUCCAUUAGCCUGGACUGAUGGUGGUCUGUUGUGUUCUGCACUCUGUGAUUUAGGACUAGAGGAUCUAAAAAUACUGUGGAAUAUCACAGCAAUAAUGAUGAAGCAUUGGAUAACUUUGCAGAAAGGGCUGCACAAACAAGAGAAAACCAGAAACAUGCAGUUUUUGUACAGUAGCCAAUUAAGUACAUAGAGUCACAUUUCUGGGAAAAGCAGGAUAAUAAAACUUUGUACGCAAAGGCUGCUCAAACUAGAAACAAUUAAAUCAUUCGGGAAUACAUUAAUGUUUCAAUAAUCAUAAAGUUGAUUAUUGUUUUUGGAUUUUAGGUAUCUAGCAUGGACUUCUCAAAUAUCUGGCAAAUGGCAAACAAAGUUCGCUGCAGGGGUCUGGUCUGAUUUCACAACUAUUGUAAGGACCUAAUCAAUUUAUCAUAAGCUUAAUUCAGGACAGUAAGAAGGCAUUUUCUAUCACUGGUGUUGUGUAAGAGGUAUAUAAGUUAGAUAGUCAGCAAUUUGAAUCAAGCAAAUCAAUGCUUACAUUGCUUUAUAUGAGAAAGAAAAUGCUAGCCCUCAGUUAAUACAAAAAUGGACUUAACUGUAUCAUUGGUUCAGACUUGGAGUUAACACUAACUAGUUGUGUCAGGUCUGCCUGAUGUUGUAGCAAAAAAAUUAGGUUAAUACUUAAAAUUGUUAAUAGCACCAAACUAGCAUUGGCUUGUCCUAGACUGGCAUAACUGGUUUUGGUUCCUUGUCUAUAGCUAUUGUCAGCUCUCUAAGUAACUAGCUUAAGAUAGCCAAAAGUUAAAACAAGUUCAGGAAGAACUCAGAUUACUUCAGUGGGUAGCUUAAACAAACAAACAUUUUAGCCCAAAUACUCUUGACCAGAGGUUCAACCAAUAGAUACAAAGUGGAAUAACAGCACUUUGUUCAAAGUACAGAGAGUUUUCAAGAGAACUAUACAUUGUGCAACCAGGACCACUUACAAUACUUGCAAUUAAGGGAUUAUUAUGAGACUACAAUUCAAUGAAAUAUGAAGUGAUAUUUGCAUUAUACCAGCAACUAAUGGAGAGAAGAGAAAAUACAACAUUAUACGUAAAACAGAAAUGGGAAAAAGAACUACCGUAGGUGUCAAUAUUCCUGAAGAUGAAUGGUUGCAUAUAUGGAGAACACAACAAUCUACUACAUCAUUACGUAUCUGGAGGGAACACUGUUGGAAGAAUUUAAUAAGAUUUUUUUGUCACCCCUGAUAUCAAGAGCAAUUUUUUGUCUGUAUCACAGCCAUGUUGGAGACAAUGUGGAGCAGUAAAUGUACACUGUAAAAAAAAAAAAAAAAAACAGUAAUUGACUGGCA